GUCAAAUGUGGACUGUUUUAUGUGUGAUUCUUGGGCUAGUGGUUGAAGCCGCUUUUGGUGUUCGCCUUGGUAUACAGGGAACCCAUUUCACGUACAAUGGUCAUAAGGUGUUCUUAGCCGGAAUCAACAAGGCUUGGGAAAAUUACGCUUACGACUUUGGAAAUGGCCAGUAUGAUAGCGUAAAGGCCAAAUAUGAACACGUUUUUCAGCAGCUGCAGAACGCUGGAGCCAACUCUAUUCGAAUUUGGAUUCAUAUCGAGGGAGAAUCUUCGCCCCACUUUGAUGGCAGUGGACACGUGACAGGCCUUGAUAAUGGCGGUACUUUCAUAAACGAUAUGAAAUCCAUGUUAACAGCUGCUCAGAAUCAUAACAUCUUUGUGUUCCCAACGUUAUGGAACGGUGCUGUCAAGCAACAAACACACUACCGUCUUGAUGGUUUAAUCAGGGAUACUGGAAAACUUCUAUCUUAUAUAAACCACGCCCUUAAGCCCAUGGUACAAGCUCUGAAGGAUAUGCCGGCUCUUGGGGGAUGGGACUUGAUGAACGAACCGGAAGGAGAGUUGAAACCUGAUUUGACUAGCAGCGAACCAUGCUUCGAUACACGUCAUCUCCAUAACUCUGGCGCGGGCUGGGCAGGCAAGCUUUAUACGCCACAGGAACUUCUGAGGUUUUUCAAUUGGCAGGCUGCGGCGAUAAAAGAAGUAGAUCCCCACGCUCUAGUUACCGUAGGGGCUUGGAAUGGAAAAGUGAACACUGAUAACUUUGGUUUCCAUAACAUGUACAAAGAUAGCUGUCUGGUAAAGGCCGGGGGAAAGGCCCAGGGCACAUUAUCCUUCUACCAAGUUCAUUCUUAUGAUUGGCAAGGACAUUUUGGAACCGAGUCCCCCUUCAAGCACAAUUUCAGGGCCUUUGGUUUACACAAGCCAUUGGUUAUUGGGGAAUUCCGAGAGAAAAAUGGUGGUGGUAUGACGAUUAAUCAGCUGUACGAUCACGCCUACAAUGGGGGAUUCGCCGGUGGUUGGGCCUGGUCACAAACUGACGGCAACAUGAACAAUAUGUUACAGGGACUUAAUCACAUCAGGAACUAUCAUAAUGGUGUCCACGGGACUAUUCAUGUACAGAUACACUAAGCGCUAAAUAAUAAACAUUUCAAAU